ACCGGGGAGAGGCCCCCCUAUAUAAGUGAGCCCCCGUGACGUGGACCGGCGACUCUGAACAGUCCACGAGACAAGAUGCGGUUACUGCUCGCGAGUGUUGUUGUGAUGGCGGCCGUGUGCGCCGUCCACUGCGGUGGAGGUGGCUGGUCCGGCGGCGGCGGUGGCGGCGGCUGGUCCGGCGGUGGAGGAGGCGGUGGCUGGAAAGGAGGCGGUGGAGGAGGAGGCUAUAAAGGAGGCGGCGGCGGAGGAGGCGCCGCCGCUGGAGGCGGCGGCGGAGGUGGCGGCGGCCAGACGUACAAGACGGGCUCUACGUACCUGGUGAAGUCCCUGCACCCGGUGAGCUCCGGUGGAGGAGGAGGAGGAGGUGGAGGCAAAGGCGGUGGAGGAGGAGGCGGUCACGGUGGAGGAGGCGGCCACGGUGGAGGAGGCGGUGGAGGACACGGUGGAGGAGGCGGUGGUUGGCAGGGAGGCGGAGGCGGCGGUUGGCAGGGAGGCGGAGGUGGCGGUGGUUGGGACCGCUAACGGGACGCGUCCCGCCGGACCAAGGAUUACUCGCACGAUCAAACGACCCGAAAUCGACGACCACACCAUUUCACUCGACGGCCAACCCCGGCCUCGAACCAUUGUGCAAUAAAGAAUCGGACAGUUCGUUACCAUCAAAAUCACGAAA